UGGAGGCCGGGGCUGGGUUAGAUCUCCCGCAGGGCGUGAGGCCCUUCAGUAACCGGGAUGAGCUCCGAGGAGCACGAUGGCCCGGGUGGCCGGGGGAGGGCUCCAGAGCUCCAGGUUACCACCAAAGAACAUCAGUUUGGUCUCGGGGCUCCAGUUUCUGAAGCUGGAAAAAACCAGAAUACUCUCCAACUAGAACAAGAAGUGAGAACCCAAGAUAGAUUCAUCUCGACACUGAAAUUACAGAUUGAAGAUCUCAAACAGACAAAUCAUGACUUGGAAGAAUAUGUUAGGAAACUCUUGGAUAGUAAGGAGGUGGUAAGCAGUCAAGUAGACGAUUUAACCAACCACAAUGAGCAUCUUUGUAAAGAACUGAUUAAAAUCGACCAACUAGCAGAGCAAUUAGAAAAAGAGAAAAAUUUUGUGGUGGACACUGCUGACAAGGAACUUGAAGAAGCAAAGAUUGAACUCAUUUCCCAGCAAAAUAAUAUAACAGUAUUGGAAGAUACAAUUAAAAGGCUCAAAUCUAUAAUUUUAGAGACUGAAAAAGCACAAAAUAAAUGUCCUUCUAGACUUGAUUCUUUUGUCAAGACUUUAGAAGCAGACAGAGAUUAUUAUAAGACUGAAACACAGAAUUUGAGAAAAAUGAUCAGAAAUAGAUCUAAAAGUCCAAGACGUCCAUCUCCAACUUCCCGGGGUGCAAACUGUGAUGUAGAACUUUUGAAGUCAACAACAAGAGACCGUGAAGAACUGAAAUGCAUGCUGGAAAAAUAUGAACGUCAUUUGGCAGAAAUCCAGGGCAAUGUCAAGGUUCUUACAUCUGAGAGAGACAAGACCUUCCUUCUUUAUGAGCAGGCACAGGAAGAAAUUGCUCGACUUCGAAGAGAAAUGAUGAAAAGCUGUAAGUCUCCUAAGUCAACCACAGCACAUGCUAUCCUUCGUCGGGUAGAGACGGAAAGAGAUGUAGCCUUCACUGAUUUGCGGAGAAUGACCACAGAGCGAGACAGUCUGAGAGAAAGGCUAAAGAUUGCUCAAGAGACAGCUUUUAAUGAGAAGGCUCACUUGGAACAAAGGAUAGAGGAGCUGGAGUGUACAGUUCAUAACCUUGAUGAUGAACGUAUGGAACAAAUGUCAAAUAUGACUUUGAUGAAGGAGACCAUAACCACUGUGGAAAAAGAAAUGAAAUCAUUAGCAAGAAAGGCAAUGGAUACCGAAAGUGAACUUGGCAGACAAAAAGCAGAGAAUAAUUCCUUGAGACUUUUAUAUGAAAACACAGAAAAAGAUCUUUCUGAUACUCAGCGACACCUUGCCAAGAAAAAAUAUGAGCUACAGCUUACUCAGGAGAAAAUUAUGUGCUUGGAUGAAAAAAUUGAUAAUUUUACGAGGCAAAGUAUUGCACAGCGAGAAGAAAUCAGCAUUCUUGGUGCAACCCUCAAUGAUCUGGCUAAAGAAAAGGAAUGCCUACAAGCAUGUUUGGAUAAAAAGUCUGAAAAUAUUGCAUCCCUUGGAGAGAGUUUGGCAAUGAAAGAAAAGACCAUUUCAGGCAUGAAGAAUAUCAUUGCUGAGAUGGAACAGGCAUCAAGACAGUCUACUGAAGCCCUAAUUAUGUGUGAACAAGAUAUUUCCAGAAUGCGCCGGCAAUUGGAUGAAACAAACGACGAACUGGGUCAGAUUGCCAGGGAAAGAGAUAUCUUGGCUCAUGAAAGUGAUAACCUUCAAGAACAGUUUAGCAAAGCCAAACAAGAAAACCAGGCACUGUCCAAGAAAUUGAAUGAUACUCAUAAUGAACUCAAUGAUAUAAAACAGAAGGUCCAGGAUACAAAUUUGGAGGUUAACAAGCUGAAGAACAUAUUAAAGUCAGAGGAAUCUGAGAACCGGCAAAUAAUGGAACAACUCCGAAAAGCCAACGAAGAUGCUGAAAACUGGGAAAAUAAAGCCCGUCAAUCAGAGGCAGAUAACAAUACCCUCAAAUUGGAACUUAUCACUGCUGAAGCAGAGGGCAACAGACUAAAAGAAAAAGUUGAUGCCCUUAACAGAGAGGUUGAGCAACACUUAAAUGCAGAGCGUUCUUACAAGUCCCAGAUUUCAACUUUACACAAGUCUCUGGUGAAGAUGGAGGAGGAGCUUCAGAAGGUUCAGUUUGAAAAGGUGUCUGCACUUGCAGACCUGUCUUCCACAAGGGAGCUCUGCAUUAAACUUGACUCGAGCAAAGAACUUCUUAAUCGACAGCUGGUUGCCAAAGAUCAGGAAAUUGAAAUGAUGGAGAAUGAGUUGGAUUCUGCGCGCUCUGAAAUAGAACUGCUCAGGAGUCAGAUGACAAACGAGAGGAUCUCCAUGCAGAAUCUAGAGGCUUUGCUGGUGGCCAACCGAGACAAAGAGUACCAGUCCCAGAUAGCGCUGCAGGAAAAGGAGUCUGAGAUCCAGCUUCUGAAGGAGCACCUUUGUCUGGCAGAGAACAAAAUGGCUAUCCAGAGUAGAGACGUGGCCCAGUUCAGAAAUGUUGUAACACAGUUGGAAGCAGAUUUGGACAUUACUAAAAGACAGCUAGGGACAGAACGAUUUGAAAGGGAAAGGGCUGUCCAAGAACUUCGCCGCCAGAAUUACUCAAGUAAUGCUUAUCAUUUGAGUUCAGUGAAGCCAAAUACAAAGUGUCACUCACCAGAACGUGCUCACCAUCGAUCUCCUGACCGAGGCCUCGACCGAUCAUUGGAAGAGAAUCUUUGCUAUAGAGAUUUCUGACAUGUGAAAAGAUUCUCCACAGCCUUGGAAAGGUCAAAGAUACAAACGGAUUUUUUUUUUUUUUUGCUAUUUGAUUGCAUUUAUCUUUUGAAUGCUUGACAGUGUUAAAUGUAUUUAUUGACUUUGUGCCUCUGAGUCUGUUCUCGAGUGCCAUAUCACAGUGAUCUGGGUUGAUGUAUGCAAAGAAAAAUGCACAUGGCUCUUUCUAUCCAUACAGUAAUAGUGAGUGUAAAAUCUGCUUACUUCACUAUUGAGCACUGUUUUGUUAACUGUCCGGAGUAAAUAAAGAAGCUUAAAAA